AUGCUUGGAGCAGUGCACGAGGAUUCAGACGCGAACAAAAUGCGCUUAUCAGGGGAAAACCUUCAACGAGCCCGUCAUCGCUUUGCAGCUCAGCAGGCCUCGCGAUCAUAUAGCUACCUUUCAAAACGCCACACCUCGAACGACCCUCAGUUUAGAGAAGUGAUGCUAGUAUGCUGUCUGCUUUUUGUCAUGUCGGAAUUGCUACUAGGACAAUAUCAAAAUGCCUUCCAACAUCUACAUGGUGGGCUUCAUAUCCUCAAGGAAACACAAGAGUCUCAUCGAACACUCAACUUAGAAGAUUCAUUGGUCCGGGUAUUUGAACGACUCGACAUCGAAUCCUCCCAUUUCGGGUCGGGCACCCCAUUCUUUUUCAACCACGUAGGUUUCAAUGAUGACUUGCACAUUUCGGAUGUAUUCUCGGACAUAAAGAGUAUGGCCGAUGUGCAGCGGAGUGUUACUUUCCUGCUCAAUUUGGGAAUUCCAUUUCUCGCUCGAUGCUGGCCGUUCUCCGCCGCUGAAGUCACAUCUCAGUGCGAUGAACUUGUCCAAAAGCAACAGGAAAUUCUGUUCUACAAUUAUCAAUUUCAAAAACGGUUCAGUUUGUUCUAUCGCGACUCCUAUCAUACACUCAGUCGUCGCGAGCAGGAGGGUGUUGACGUUUCUCAGCUCCAGAGCCUUUCACAAAUGCUCAGCUUGGAGACUUGUCUUAUCAAAGGACCGAUACCUGAAAACUUGACACCAAAAUACAUCUCCCUCCUAUCGGCUCAUCAAGCAUUUUUGGCCAAGUUCUCCGAUCGGCCAACAUUGACUCUGGACUAUGGUGUUCUCCCGGGUUUGUGGGUGGUGGCCUCGGAGUGUCCGGAUUAUGUCGUUCGUUUACAGGCAAUCCGGGCGGUGGAAAUGUGGCCACACUGCGAGGGAAUCGUUAAUUCCAAUGUCAUCGUCUCUAUGGCUUUAAAUAAUCUAAAGAAGGAAAUGUGGAUGCAUGGCCAGCCGGAUGCUUCGAUUAUAGACGCUGAGACGGAGGAGGAACUGUCAAGAUUCCUGCUUGAUACAUUGUCAUCGGAAGAGCAAGCGGCGAAUUGGUCAUUUAUUCGUGGAAGUGAUGUGGCUCGUAGGAAGCUUACAGCGUAA